AUUUAUGUUGUGUAAACAUCUAAUUAGUAAAGCAGGUGGUAAUUCAAUUAAACUUACAUCUAUACAUCGAUAUACAAGAUAUCCAUUUGUUUAUAUCGAGCAUGUUAAUACUAAACCAUUAGAUUCUUCAACUAUUGAAUUAGAUAUUAGUUCAAAUUCUGACAAUAGUCAUAAUUUUUCUUUUUCACAUAUAUUUUCUGAUAUUAAUUCUGAAGACAAUGUGUUAGAUAGUUUUCAACUAAUGGUCAAUGACUUGAAAUAUUUAGUAACCGAUUUAGAAAAAGAAAUUGCUAAUGGUAACAAUCGACAUUUAAAAGUAGUACAACAUCAUAUACAAAAAACUCUUAAAAUCGCGAAAGAUAUUAAAGAAUAUCGUAAUCGUCUUGCUAACCCUCAAAUCUCAAAAGCAAAAGAAUGGACAAUGUUUUUAUCUUAA